AUGAAUUCAGCUCGGCUUUUCAUAAUAAUUUGCAUUGUUUGUUCAUACCUACCAUCUGUUCGAACAAACGACUAUAGCUGGAGCCAGGGAACACAAAAAUAUCACAGACAAUUACCGUACGGAAACGGUCAGUUUGUGCAGGCUGGAAGUUCCUAUGGGAAAACGUAUUCCGGGAAUUAUGGGAACGGAGUAUCAGGUACAGGAUAUGGCUAUUCCUCCACUCCUCAAAUUGGAAUCGUAUUACCAAAGACUUUCGGAUAUGGGUUUAUGGGGUAUGAUAUGCAUUCUCUGCUCGGGGGAAGCUUCUAUGAUAUGAUGGGAUUUGCUCUUCCACAAACUUACGGACUUCGCGGUAUUUCGUACCUGCAUCCUCAGACAUUGCUUCAAAUGCAGCCCAUUUAUAACCUAUACGGGUAUGGAAUGUUUCCCUUCUAUAAUUCAUACGGUGGUCAUUUUGACGUCUAUCAGAGGUAUGGAUUUAACAAUCAACAAUGGGGGCACGGUAAUAGUAUCUGGGGAGGAUAUCCGACACAGUUAGCUAUGCAGGGAACGUUUGGUCCCGGAAUUAGUCCUUUCUUUGGAUUCAGAAAACCAGAUUUUCUAGAGCGUCUAGGAUUUCACGGAGUAGCAAAAGAUAUAGUGACAGCGGUUGGUGGUGCUCUGUUGUUUGCAGGUCUAAUGAAGAUUGGUUAA